UUUUGGUUUCGAGCCCUUUCUUCCGCUUCCCCGCUUGCUUCUUCUGCUUCUCCUUCCUCUCCAUCUCGACGGAUAGCGACGACGGAGAGGCCUUCUACCUCUCUGUCUCUCCUUUCCGGUCUCACGGCGCGUGCUUCUGUUGUCUUGGGAGCUUUCUUCGUCUUGAUCCCCUUGAAUUACUGCUCUCGUAUCGGUUCUAUCGGAAUUGGAGCCGUGAGAGGAGGAAGAUCGAGGAUCGCCUUGGUUCCGGGUCCGAUAGGCGACUUAUCGACGGAAUAGGGGAAAGAAGAAGGGGGAUUUUUGUGAGCGUGCUCCUUUUUGGUUUUGUCGGUCGUUUCAUGGCUGAAUGAAAGGGCUGCGGGAGGAGGCUUGUAUGGGUUCCCAGCUGAAGCGACCAACCGUUUCUCGAGCGGAUCCGUCUGGGCAAACCCAUAUGGCGCCAGCACCAGCCGCUGUUGGUACUACACCCAAGCUUACGACCAAUGAUGCCCUUGCCUAUCUGAAGGCCGUGAAGGAUAUAUUUCAGGACAAAAGAGAAAAAUACGAUGAAUUUCUUGAGGUCAUGAAGGACUUCAAGAGCCAGAGGAUUGAUACAAAUGGAGUAAUUGCGAGGGUGAAGGAGUUAUUUAAGGGGCAUCGGGAUUUGAUCCUGGGGUUUAACACCUUCUUACCAAAGGGAUAUGAGAUUAAGCUACCUGAAGAAAAGAAACCAAUUGAGUUUGAGGAGGCAAUUGAUUUUGUUAAUAAAAUCAAGAAUCGUUUUGAGAAUGAUGAACAUGUUUACAAGUCAUUCUUAGAUAUCCUGAAUAUGUACCGUAGGGAGAAUAAGUCAAUCCAUGAGGUCUAUGAAGAGGUAGCAGCUCUCUUUCAAAAUCAUCACGAUUUGCUUGAGGAAUUCACACACUUUUUGCCUGAUACCUCAGCAACAUAUGCUCCGCUGCAUCAUGGACAUGCUGGUCGAGCUUUUCCACGUCGAGAUGACAGGAGCUCUAUGAUGCCUGCAGUAAGGCAUUUUCAUGUGGAUAAGAGGGACAGAGCUCAUUUGGCACAUGCUGACCGCAACUUUAGUGUUGAUCGCCCUGAUACAGAACAUGAUAGAAAGAGAAGACAUCCAAAUAGGGACAAGGAUAGGAAGGAUGAUAGUGACAGGAAAGAUCAUGAACGAGAUGAGGACUUGGAGCUAGAUAGUGGUGAUUUAGAUAAUGCACAGCAUAGGCGUAAACUUUCGCCUCGAAGAGCUGAUGAUUCUACUGCUGAGCCAAUGCAACAAGGAGCUGAUGGCCCUGGCAUUUAUAGCAUUUCAUCUUCAACAUUUGAUGAUAAAAAUGCUUUGAAGAGUGUGUAUACUCGAGAAUUUAAUUUCUGCGAAAAAGUGAAGGAAAAGUUGCAUCCUGAGACCUACCAGGAAUUUUUGAAAUGUCUUCACAUAUACAGCCAAGAAAUAGUUACUAGAACAGAGCUAAAGAAUCUGGUUAGCGACAUCCUAGGGAAGUAUCCAGAGCUUAUGGAAGGUUUCAAUGAAUUUCUGGGCCACUGCGAGAAUAUAGGCUUUCAGAGUUUUCUACCCCAAAAUUUUUCUGCAGAUGGAUUUCUAGAAGGUGUGUUCAACAAAAGUACGUUCAAAGGACAUAUGGCUAGGCCAGUUAAGAUAGAGAAUAGAGACAGAGAAAGGGACCGAGAACUGGUUGAACGGGAGAAAGAUCAUGAGAGUGAGAGAAACACUGAAAGAGAAAGAGUUGAUAAAGGCAUCUCGCACAAGGCUACUUUAUGCUCAAACAAAGAAAAAUAUAAUUUAUGGAAACCAAUUUCAGAGCUUGAUCUCUCAGAUUGUCAAUGUUGUACUCCAAGUUACCGCCUUCUUCCAAAAAAUUAUCCUAUACCAUCCACUAGCCACAGAACUGAACUUGGAGAGUCAGUAUUAAAUGAUCAUUGGGUGUCAGUGACUUCUGGAAGUGAGGAUUAUUCUUUCAAGCACAUGCGAAAAAAUCAAUAUGAAGAAAGCUUAUUUAGAUGUGAAGAUGAUAGAUUUGAGAUGGAUAUGUUAUUGGAAUCAGUGAAUGCCACCACUAAGCGUGUUGAGGAACUGCUGGAAAUGAUGCAAGAUCCUGCCAAUACUAUACGCAUUGAAGACCAUCUUACUUCUUUGAAUUUGAGAUGUAUUGAACGGCUAUAUGGAGACCAUGGUCUUGAUGUCAUGGAUGUAAUUCAGAAAAAUGCUAGUCUUGCAUUGCCAGUCAUAUUAACUCGUCUGAAGCAAAAGCAAGAGGAAUGGUCUAGGUGUCGGUCAGAUUUCAAUAAAGUAUGGGCAGAAAUAUAUGCCAAGAAUUAUCAUAAGUCACUUGAUCAUCGCAGUUUCUAUUUCAAGCAACAGGAUUCAAAGAAUUUGAGCACAAAAACUUUGUUGGCUGAUAUUAAAGAAAUUAAUGACAAGAUGAAGAAGGACGAUGACAUUCUUCUUGCUGUUGCUGCCAAAAAUAGGCACCCAAUUAUUCCCAAUAUGGAAUUUAAGUAUGCAGAUGUAGAUGUUCACGAGGAUUUAUAUCGAAUCAUAAAAUAUUCAAGUGGAGAAGUGUGCACAUCUUCAGACCAGUUGGACAAAGUCAUGAAGUUAUGGAGUACUUUUUUGGAGUCCCUGUUGGGUGUUCCAAAUCGAAAUCAAGGUGUAGGAGAUGGACAAGAUAUAAAUUUGAAGAGUCGUGUUGUCAAAACCAGUGUUGCAGAUUUGGCUGAAAGCAAUGGGAAUGCUGGAGCUAUUAAGCAAAUUAAAACUGACAAUAAUAUUCUACAUGAACAAGCAGGUUGUGGCAGGACUGGCUUACUAAAUGAAGACGUGAUUGUUACUGAAACUUGCUCUCAUAAUGUAGAUCGUGCCAUUUGGCAUGGUGAAAAUCUUAUCAAUAAUCCACAUCAAGGAGUUGUGCAGAGUAGUGUUCCUAUGAUUGAUGAAGUUUCUCGAGGAGCUUUGCCAAAUGUGCAUUCAGAAGAGUUACCAGAUAGUAACAAUGUUGUAAAUAGAGCUGAAGAAGUUGAUACUCGAUCAAAUCAAGGGAAUAUAACAGGGAUUACUGGUGCAUCUUUGAGAACUGUUAAUGUUGGAACAGAGCUGCAAGGUGAACCCCGUGCAACCAGUGAAACUUUACCUUCUUCAGAGGGUGGACACUCUGGGAGGCCAAUUAUGUCUGUAAAUACUGGUGGCACUGUUGAAGGUAGUAAAGGUUUCAAGCCUACUGAAAGUCCUACAUCCCUUAGGAAUUUUAAGAUUGAAAGAGAAGAAGGAGAAUUGUCACCUACUGGAGAUUUUGAAGAGGAUAAUUUUGUGGCGUUUGGAGACACUGCCAUAAUUGCAGCUGCUGAGCAGAAAGAUGUUUCCAUUAGCAGAGAGUACCAAGUCAGGCCUGGAUGUGGUGAUGCUGCUGGUGAGAAUAAUGCUGAUGAUGAGGAUGAAGAAAGUCCUCAACGAUCCACCGAUGCCAGUGAAAAUGCAUCAGAGGCGGGUGAGGAUGCAUCUGGUAGUGAAUCUGGUAAUGGGGAGGAAUGCUCCCAUGAAGAUCAUGAGGAAGAGGAUGAUGCAGAGCAUGAUGAUGAGGAGCCUAAGGCUGAAAGUGAAGGGGAGGCUGAAGGAAUGACUGAAGCACACGAUGUUGAAGGGGAAAUUACAUCAUUACCAUAUUCAGAACGAUUUCUUAACACUGUGAAACCUCUUGCUAGGCAUGUGCAUGCUGCAUUACAUGAUAAGCAUGAAAAAUCUUCUAAGAUAUUUUAUGGAAAUGAUUCAUUCUAUGUGCUGUUUCGGCUUCAUCAGAUGUUGUAUGAAAGGAUAGUCUCUGCUAAGACAAACUCAUCUGCUGCUGAAAACAAAUGGAGAAAUUCUAAAGAUUCAAACCAUCCUGAUUUAUAUGCUAAAUUUAUGAGCGCUCUAUUCAAUCUACUUGAUGGUUCUGCUGACAAUACCAAAUUUGAAGAUGAUUGCCGUUCCAUUAUUGGGACCCAGUCAUAUGUACUUUUUACAUUGGACAAGCUAAUCUUCAAAGUCGUUAAACAGCUUCAGGCAAUAGUCUCAGAUGAGAUGAAUAGUAAGCUUCUCCAUCUCUACUUGUAUGAAAAAUCAAGGCGAGCUGGGAGACAUUUUGAUGUUGUUUAUCAUGAAAAUGCCCGGGUUCUUCUGCACGAUGAGAGUAUUUACAGAUUUGAAAGUUAUUCACAUCCUUCAGAUGUAACCCGACUGUCAAUCCAACUCAUGGAAUAUGGACAUGAAAAACACGAUGCUACGGCAGUUGCAAUGGAUCCCAACUUCUCAUCUUACUUGUACAAUGAUUUUCUCUCAAGUGUGCCAGUCAGGAAGCGGUUGCAGGGCGUCUUCAUGGGAAGGAAUAAGCGCAAAAACAAGGGUGCAGAUGAGUAUUCUGCUACUUGCAAAGCCACGAAAGGGAUUCAAGUCAUCAACGGCUUGGAGUGCAAGAUAUCUUGCAGUUCAUCUAAGGUGUCUUACGUGCUAGAUACUGAGGAUUUAUUGCUCCGGUCAAGAAAGAGAAAAAGAUAUUCAAGCGACGGAACUAUGUCGAGUAGCCAAACAAACUUGACACAAGAAUACGACACUAAAGCAAAUCGAUUCCGCGACUUCGUUUCCACUUUCAUGUGCAGAUCCUAAUGCAAUGCUGCAGUUGGUGAUGAAUCUGAAAAGGUCAAGAAUCUACCAGCAACCAUGGCGAAUUUGCUUUGCUGGAUUUCUGGUACGCAUGUCAACACUGUAUAUAGAUUAUUCUAUAGCUGUUGGCAUCACAAAUUUGUACAUAUGCAACCCCUAACUUUCCCCCUCUUUAUUCAUACUCUAUUUUCUUUCCACCUGAUUCACAUAUUGCCAGUCUACCAGAACAAAUGUGUAAUGUUCAGUUAUAAAAUGCUUAUAUUUUUUUUUAAAUUUUAUUUUAUUUUAUUUUUGUAACAAGUGUAGGUUUCAAUGCACUUCCAUGUGUUAUGGAUGCCUCGUGUUGGGAGAUUUGGAUUGUGGUUAAAUUUGAGGUUUGAAAAAGAAAUAUAAUUUUUUUUAUCAUUAA